AUGGAUAACGGAUCUACUGAGUGGGCUCAUGGACUUAUGGAAGUUACAUUGGCUAUGAAUACUCAGAGACACUCUACCAUCGGGUGUGCUCCUGUAGAGCUGCUCUUUAGAGAGCGUUCUUCAUAUAAUGACUGGCUAAAUCAGCAAAAGCGAAUAGACCCUACCGUUGGCGUCGUCCAGGAGGAUUCUACCCAGCCUCCGAUCUAUACCCUCAGCCCAAGCACUCCCGCUCUCAACCCGACAAUCAAUAUUGGGGUUUACUCUGGCAGUUCACAUAUUACUAUGCAAAUCAGCCCAGAAUCGGCAUUGGGCUCACAAAUCAAUGUGCGCAUCUCACCACCUAGCCAGAGCUCUUUGACUCACGAGCUAGAGAUGGAGAAAGGGGAGUCAGAGCGUACAGAUCAAGUAAUUGCAAAGGCUGAGAAGGCAAGCCACAGAGCAAAGCUUCGGAUGAUGCAGAAGUACUCUAAACGGCACACAAUUCAACACUUCAAUAUUGGAGACAUUAUCUCUAUUAAAGUUCCCAGAGAAGAUCGAACCUCUACUGACAACCGGAGACUAUUUGGGCGUAUUUUAGAAGGAGUAUUACUAUUCGCACAGAUACAAAUCUCUAUUUGCACAGAUAUGCGUCUCACUUUUGACUCACCAACCCCACCCUGGCCACCAUAUGCCAAUCCUGUGCGAUCAGCCUGCGACAGUCAAUUCCAGUGCAACCGAAUGAGGAAACGGUAA